UACUUAUUCAACAAAACUCGAACAUAAAGCGUAUACGAGUUUUCGGCAGAAAUGAAAAAAUUGAGAGAAGAAUGGUCGCGCGCAUCUCGCUAAUAUGACGUCACGAUGACGUUAUAUUCGCUUUAUUGUGAUGCACACAUUAUUAGCCAUGCAAUGGCUUGUACCGCGCAAUGACUCUGGCAGCCAAACUGAUACUUUUCAUCCACAUAUUUCUCAUCAUACCAACAGCGUUUGCGUCGACAUUGUGCGACCGAAAACCAGACCUGAUCCAGUGCGUUGCAACGAAAAACCAGUUUGUCCUACCAGAGAGGGAAUACUGCAACCCGUACGAUAACUCAUGCAGCACAGGCGAUCUAAUCGACCCGCGAGUAGCCACAUGUGUCCCGCAGUUCACCGGUCAUAUCCAUAACUCGCUCGUUGACGGGUUUACCACCAGUUUGUCGCACAGAUGCUUCCCGAAUGUUCAGUCUGCAGCCGCCAUCAAUCACCGUACGGUAGGCCCCAGUCUAGGCCAGCCCCAAUGUGUGCCAAAGCUGUACCGCAUAAAGACUGGAGUUGACACCAACAAACGCGUGCCUGGCACCUUCCUCUGUGGGGAAAUGGGCACUAGAUGUGUCUGCAGUGCUCCCGCGGUACGCGAUGGUGUAGGCGUCUGGCAGAAGAACGAGUGUAGGUGUCAGUACUUCGUUGACUUGUGUAAAAUUCCAGACGUCUGUUUGUCACGUGAGGCAACUUGUACCACGUGGGGCUCAGAGGUGCGCUGUGUGUGCCCCGCUGAGCACAAAGACUGCAGAUUCGGGAUCAAUCAUUGCAGAGCCAACCCGAGCCUGUGCGAGGACGAGGGCAAGGUUUGCAUAGAACUCACGGAUAGCUACGAUAACUGGAGCUUCGGAAACGAAAAACAAGGCGAAGGCUUCAUAUGCAUGUCGCCAUCAACGGUCGACCAAUUGCAGCUCACCACGCAUUACUGUGACGUCACUAGCGCUAAGCAUGCUGGGAAGCUGGAGUCCAGGCCCGCAAAUGCGCUUGACACCUGCUGCUACCGCAUGUUGACGUGCGCGGGACGAGAGUCGCAUCCCGUUAAUGGGACCUUGUUCAGCUUCCGCCACUGUUUCUGUAACGUAGAAUUUAGGAAAUGCUUGCUUGCGCUGGGCCAUAAUCCCAAGUACAAGACAGCAGUGAAAGAGCUGGUGCGCGGGAUUGACAACGUCACUGAAUGCUUUAUGGACGAGGGAAAAAAAUGCGACCCGACGCAGCCCAAAACGUGCCGCAAGGGAGACCUCAUCAGUCCCAACGUGGCGCACUGCACGGUGGACUGCAAGACGGGGCCCCUACUCCCUAUAUGGGCGCGCUCAUGCUCAAUACGGCAGUGCAAACCACCAAAUCACAAGCCUUAUCUGCGAGUGAUUGACGUGCCGGACCAUCGCGAGAGCUCUAUCUGUAAGCCCGUGCUGAAUCUGCCAGUUGAGUGCGCAAAGCGUGGAACAAACACUAGAUGUGUCUGCGACGGAAAGCCGAAGGGAGCAGGCUUUACGGACCGCUGCCGAUGCCAGUACUGGCCUCUGAAGUGGGAGACUUGAUAAAAUAAAAUUUGUUAUACUA